GGGGCACUGGUCUGCACGGGUGCUUCUCGCGUCACGACACCGGCGCUGACGUACGUCCGGGUAUUCUGUCGAGAUGGUCAUGGCGGAGGGAGCUGCAGUGCUCAGGAGGAACCGGCCUGGAACCAAGGCGAAGGAUUUCUACAACUGGCCGGAUGAAUCAUUCGAGGAGAUGGACAGCACCCUGGCUGUGCAACAGUACAUCCAGCAGAACAUUCGGUCAGAUUGCUCCAACAUCGACAAAAUCUUGGAGCCUCCAGAGGGUCAGGAUGAGGGUGUGUGGAAGUACGAGCACCUCAGGCAGUUCUGUCUGGAGCUCAAUGGACUUGCUGUAAAACUGCAGAGCGAGUGUCAUCCGGACACCUGCACCCAGAUGACGGCCACAGAGCAGUGGAUCUUCUUAUGUGCUGCCCACAAGACACCCAAAGAGUGCCCUGCCAUCGAUUACACCAGGCACACGCUGGACGGAGCUGCCUGUCUUCUCAAUAGCAACAAAUACUUCCCCAGCAGGGUGAGCAUCAAAGAGUCGUCAGUGGCCAAGCUGGGGUCCGUCUGUCGUCGCAUCUACAGGAUAUUCUCUCAUGCGUACUUCCAUCACCGCCAGAUAUUUGACAAGUAUGAGAACGAGACGUUCCUGUGUCACCGGUUCACGCGCUUCGUGAUGAAGUACAACCUGAUGUCCAAGGACAACCUGAUUGUGCCGAUCCUGGAAGAGGAAGUGCAGAACACCUCAUCAGCUGGCGAGAGCGAGGCCUAGCGGACAGCUGCUGUCAAUAAGGGACGAAACUUGUACACACAAAACAGAGGAGCCGCACUCAUUCUGCAUACACACACAGAUACACACACUACAGUGUAUUGAGACUCCCGUCUGGUGACACUGUCCACGCCCCUCCUCCCCACACACCUGUCUGUCUCAAAGGAAGUAAAGCUACCAGGAGCAGAGUUCAACUAAGCCUGCAGGACGACGUGAUUGCUUUCAGUUUCCACUCUGAGAUCAGAUGUUCUGGAAACGGGCGAAACGCUUCUCGUGUAGGAAAAACCACGUUCCUGACCCGCCGUGUCCACGGGGUCCGGGUUCGCUCGCACCUCUGUCGCAGCCUCCUGUGCACUCCAAAGUUUUUACGUCACAUUUUUAUGCUUUUUUUUUUUUUUUUUAAUGAUGGUUUGAAUUACAUAAGCAGCUCUUGUAGAUGCACGUCGCUUCACUGGCGACGACUGCGUCUUUACACAGCAGGUAAAGUCGAGUUAAAUAAAGUAAAUAACUUCAGCAACGUUCCGAUAUCCGAUUUCACUUGUACUUUAAUGUUAAUGUACCUUGUGUUCAAGGUCCUCAAAAAGUACAGGAACUCUGCAUAUUUAAAAGAAAACCAUUUUAUUUUGUAACUGAGCUGCAUCCCAAAUCCUAAAAGCUUUAAAGGAUCAUUUCACCCAUUUAGGUAUGUGACUUGACUCCAGAACGCCUGCACUUGCGCUCACAUAUCCCUGGACAGCAAAGACCAUCGGGUCGGCCUAUUACCUGCAACAUUGAAUGAAAUUAUCUGCGUUUCCCUCCUCAUUAGUCUGUUAAAGUAGCUGUCAGUUAACAGUCAAUCGACAGUGCUUGUUAAAGGAACAGUCCUGUUUUUCCCGUUGAACAUUUUUAAGACGUGCUGACCCUCACAGCUGGUUGUCCCGAGUAACGCUGUCGUAGUUUGUCAGAGAGCUGAAAGGUCAGGCGACUCUCCAGCUCGUCUUUGGCCUUUACGCUGGUGGAUGAGAGGAGAACGAGCAUUAAAGUGAACAUCUACUCACAAACGGUUGCGACAGAGCUGCGACAUCACUCUCUGUGGACACGGUGGGUUUUUCUUCUUUAAGCAGUUGGACUUGCGUAAACUUCUGUAAUCAAGGUGAUCUGUAUUAAUUAACCUCGCCUUCUCUGUAUAUAACCCUCCCCUUGCCCCCUCUGAACUCAUGUAUUUGUUUCAGCUUCUCUUUGCUUGUGUUGCCGACCCGUCUGGUUUUGGGGCCGCCCCCCGUGAGAUAACUAAGUUAACCUGCUGACUUAACGCUGUCGAAACACAACGUAGGUGUGCAGCUUGAGUGGUAGUGAAAGCGUAAACCGUAGCUGUGUGUGUGACCUCGCAGUUAGCCGUUCUCUCUGUGGCCUCCCAGUCCAGUCAGAGUUUUUAGGAAGGCCUGCAGGCCACUCUGACCCUGCUUUGUGACGUUUCCCCCCUCCUUUAAAACCGUAACACGUGGCUGAUACUCCUGAUCAGGACGGACCGCAGCCGCGGGCCUGUUUUUACCGCUCUCCGACUAAACGCGCUGGAGGAGGGAACGUCGGCUGCACGAGGCGGCGGCGCCGCAGCACCACCCACCCUCGUCUGUAACCCGCUCCCUCAUUAAGUUAUUGUGUGGGAGGAGUCUCACCAGUCCAACCCACUUUUUGUUUUUUAAAUGGACUAAAAAAAAUUUUGUUACUGUUGACAUUUUCAUGUCUGUUAAUAAAAAUGACCUAUUAUUCAAAA